AUGAACCAAAGAGGGACUGAGGCAAACCUCGAGAAGAAAAAAGCCUUGUUUGAGAUGAAGUCUCUCCAAAAGCCAAAAGAGGUGCAAAGCCUUAAUGGAAGGAUUGCUGCACUCAGUCGCUUCAUCUCCAAAGUCACUGAUAAGAGCCUACCCUUCUUCAAGAUUUUGAAGCAGGGGAGGAAGUUCCAAUGGACCGAAAAAUGCGAGGCAGCUUUCCAAGCACUGAAGAAGCACUUGGAAGAGGCGCCCCUACUGUCUAAAUCUAAAUCGCGCGAGACACUCCUGCUUUAUUUGGCAGUUUCGGACGAGGCAAUUAGUGUGGUGCUCGCCAAGGAAGAAGAGGCACACCAGCUACCAGUAUACUACAUCAGCAAAGCCUUGCUGCCGGCAGAGACGCUCUACCCAGACAUGGAAAUGCUUGCUCUCUUCCAUGUUACCGCGUCAAGAAAGUUGAGGCCAUAUUUUCAGGCUCAUUCAAUUAAAGUACUCACCAACUUUCCACUAAAACAAGCCUUCGCUGAUUUUAUUGCUAAGUUUGCCAAAGCCCUAGAAAUGGAGGCAACAAUGGACCCAGCAGAGCCCCCAACAUGGAAGCUAUUUGUGGAUGGAUCGUUAGGAAAAAGCGGCUCCAGAGCCAAAGUUGUUCUAGAGAGCCCAGAGGGCCAUAUGCUAAACUGUGCAAUCAAAUUCGGCUUCAAAGCCUCGAAUAAUGCCGCAGAGUCUAAAGCCCUCUUGGUAGGCCUUAAGCUGGCCAAAGAAAUGAAAGUUGAAAGAUUACAAGCCAGUAGCAACUCACAACUUGUGGUGAGUCACGUAAAUGGAAAAUUCACGACCAAAAGCAAUGGCAUAGUCCCUUACCUGAAGCUAGUUUUGAACCUAGUCCCCUACUUCAAGAGGUUCGAACUAGUCCAAGUCCCACACCUCGAAAAUACACACGCGGAUGCCCUGUCCAAACUUGCCAGUAGUAAGGAUUCUGAGUUGCUAAAAAUCGUUCCAAUCGAGAAUCUGCCAAAGCCCUCCAUCUUCGGAGGCAAAGAAGUAAUGUGGAUUGAAGGUAACCCACCUUGGAUGCAACCCAUUAUAGCCUAUCUUAAAGAUCAAUCGCUACCACCCUCAAAGAACGAAGCAAAGAAGUUGAGAAGAAGAGCUGCCCAUUUCAUACUUCAAAAUGGUGUGUUAUAUAAAAGAGGCUUCUCAUCACCCCUACUCCGGUGCAUUGGAGGAGAGGAGACCUUGUACGUUCUGAAAGAAAUUCAUGAGGAAGUCUGUGGUAACCACUCCGGUAGAGUAGCCCUAGCACACAAGGUAUUUCGACAAGGUUAUUUCUGGCCGACCUGA